ACCAAAAAAAGGGGGUGUCCGACUAAAAGUGACCUGUGAGCUGAAAAACUCGACGCGAAGUUAAGUUACCGCCCAAGUUCGUGCACGCGCACGGAGCGCGCCCUCGUCAGUGAUGGAUCCAUGAAGUUGUUACUACAAAAAUGGCUGAUUUCCUGCCCUCCCGGACGGCGAUAGUUUGUAUCCCCAGUUGUCUGUUGUCCAGCAACGAAAUCGAGCAGCAGAGGAAAUCUAAAGAAAUAGACAGAUGUAUUAAUCGGGAGAAGACGUACGUGAAGCGACUGGUAAAGAUAUUAUUGCUCGGAGCUGGCGAGAGCGGCAAGUCAACUUUCCUGAAGCAAAUGCGCAUAAUUCACGGGCAGGACUUCGAUCAGCGGGCCAAAGAAGAGUUCCGGGCUACAAUCUACAGCAAUGUUAUCAAAGGAAUCCGAGUGCUGGUGGAUGCCAGAGAGAAGCUGCACAUCCCAUGGGGAGAUCCUUCUAACCAGACACAUGGGGAGGUCCUGAUGGGCUUCGACACGCGCUCGGCCUUGAUGGCUCAGGGAAUCGUAGAGACCAAAGUCUUCAUGCAUUAUCUGCCCUCCAUCCACACCCUGUGGGCUGACAGCAGCAUCCAGAGCGCUUACGACCGGAGACGAGAGUUCCAGUUGGGUGAAUCAGUUAAAUAUUUCCUGGACGGCUUGGAUAGAAUUGGACAACCGGAUUACCUACCAACCCAACAGGACAUCCUUCUGGCACGAAAGCCUACGAAGGGCAUCCACGAGUAUGACUUUGAGAUCAAGAACGUUCCGUUCAAGAUGGUAGAUGUGGGCGGUCAGCGGUCAGAGCGUCGUAGAUGGUUCGAAUGCUUCGACUGCGUCACUUCUGUGCUCUUCCUGGCGUCAUCUAGCGAGUUUGACCAGGUUCUUAUGGAGGACCGUCAGACCAACAGGCUCAUGGAGUCGCUCAACAUAUUCGACACCAUCGUCAACAACCGUGUGUUUUCUAAAGCGUCCAUCAUUCUUUUCCUCAAUAAGACAGACCUGCUGGAGGAGAAAAUAAAGACUGUGUCAAUCGCUGACUAUUUCCCCGACUUCACUGGAGAGCCCGACAAUCUGUCCGAUGUACAAAAGUUCCUGGUGGAAUGUUUCCGCAGCAAGCGGCGUGAGCAGCAGGUGAAACCCUUCUACCAUCACUUUACCACUGCCAUUAACACAGAGAAUAUCCGCCUCGUCUUCCGAGAUGUCAAGGACACAAUCUUGCAUGAAAAUCUGAAGCAGCUUAUGUUACAAUGAGAGACAUGCCUUAACGCUUAAGACCAUUCCACUUUUUAAUAAGGUUUUAGAUCUAGUACAAAUGAUUGGGUAAAGACCCUGACAAAUACACCUACAGGCAAAUUGUUCCCCUCGCACAUAAGACUACUUUUUCCUUCAUUUUAAUCCCACUUUCAGUGACACUUUCCAAUCAUUGAUCUGAGUCACUUGUCAGUUUUACUGCUGUCAUUUGACAAUUUUUAAAUUUUUUAUUUAAAGUUUAAGCCGUCUAAAUGGAAAACACCGUCCUGUUUGGUGAUCUAACUGAACACAAGGCAUCUCUGAUCUCUGACUUUUCCACCAACCAAUACAACAGUUUAAAAAAAAAAAAGUCUGGAGCUUCCCUCUGUCGUAACAGAGACUACAGUUUCUGCUAAUCCGACAAAACCGUUACCUUCAACCUACAGGUUUUCUGCAUUUGGCAGACUUACUUUUAUCUCCUUUUAUACAACUGAGCAGUUGUCAUUAGGGACUUUGCUUAUUUGUACUCACGAUAAUCUGAUAAGAUGUCUAGUGUCUUUCCUGAAGCCACAGAGUUACCAAUACCACCACUGUUUGAUCCGUUCAUACACCAUAUUUAAUUUCCCUACUUUCUAAGAUGAAAAUAUAAAUAAUUUUAUUUUUAUUUUUCAUUUCUUUUUAAAGAAUGUGUCUGGACAUGCCUUAAAGCAAAGUGGUUGUUAUUAGUAUUGUUAUUAGUCACACUCCAAGAUGCAUGAUAACUGCUGAGACUCAGGGGCUGUAAAUAUGCAUUAUCGAUCAGUGGCCUUCCCUAAUUGGGAUUAGAUUCCUGUUGACCAUUUCAGGAUUCAGCAAGUCCCUGUAAUAUCCUGCUUUUAAAAAAAAAAAAAAAACGAAAAA